AUGAAUUCUUCCAACUUCAUUGCUCCAAUGAAUUAUUUUGAAAGGUUGCCAGAAGGUUGCAUAUUUGAAAUAAUUUCAAAAACAACUCCAGCAGAUGCAGUAAGAUCAAUAAUUUUAUCAAAAGAAUUCAAAUUUGUUAAAGAAUCUGAUGAAAUUUGGGGAAGAUUUUUGCCCCCCGAUUAUCAAGAAAUAAUUGAUAGAUCUGAGCUUCCUCCUGUUUGCAACACCAAAAAGGAGUUCUUUUUCAAUUUGUGUGAUUCUCCAAUUCUACUUGAUGGAGGUAAACAGAGUUUUUUUCUUGAUAAGCAUAGUGGAAACAAGUGUUUUAUGGUAGCACCAACUGAUCUUAUAAUUUCGGAGAGUGAUGACGAAUACUCUUGGCAAUGGAAUGAACGCCCUGAUUCCAGGUUUUCAACAAUUGCCGACAUGGACGAGGAAGGUCUGCCUUUUGUGAGGUUUCUCGAUAAUGCUAGUCGAGAACAAUAUUACAACUUUCGAUGA